AUGGUACAGGCUCGUAUUGCUGCAGCUUCUAUCGUCCGAGAUCUCAGCCCUUUAUUUGUUCAAUUAUUAAAUGAUGCAAAUCCUUCACUAAUUCGAAAAUCAUUGGAAUGCCUUCGAAAUUUUUCUCAAUCGUUAAUGGAUGAUGAACAGAACAUUGUUCAAUCAUUCAAAUAUUUAAUAGAUAAAAUUCAACAAGGUGGCAAUACCGAUGUUGAUGCAUCACUCAUUUCCUUAAUCAUGUUGUUUGAUUUAUUAUUAUCACAUCCAUCAGUAUCAAAUAAUGAAAACCAUCGAUUUUCGAUAGCUGCGAUUAUUUCACGUACAAGUCUGUAUCCACCGAAAUCAGCCGUUACAACAAUCGAUAAAUGGACAACAAAAAUGUGGCUCGGAAAACUAAUUGGCCAGAAUCCUACAAGAAAUAAGAUACGUUACCAAUCGGAAAAACCAUUUUCCUUUGCACCUGAUUCACCAAUAUGCAAUAUAUUAUGUGACAAUAUCAAAUAUCCUAUUGAUAUUACGAAUCAAUUUGAUUUAUUCAUUGAAAAAGCAAGACAACAUCAGCAUACAAAUGUUGAUGAAUUAAUCGCUCCACAAAAUACUUUAAAUCAAUUAUUUCGUUGUCAAUUUAUUUUACAAACAUUUUUGAAUGCUGAUCAAUGUCUUUUAUUGAUGUUAUCAUUUGUUGUACAAUGUCAACGAAUAAUUGCCGUACAAAUAACCGAUAAAAACAAUUUACAAACUCAAACAGAAACGGGAACAAAACUUGUGACAACGUUCGUAAAAGAUUUACCUGUAUCAACAGAGAUCGAUCCACCACCAUUAAUAUCAUGUAUUGUUGUUAAAAAUCUUUUUCAAUCGAUGAUUAAUGAUGAAAAUUUUCCAAUCGAUGAAGUUCUGUUAAAAGGAUGUUUACAAACUUCAUUGAAUUGGUCCAUUGAUUAUCUUUGUUUAUUAUCAACAUCUUUAGCUAUCAAAUUAAGUGAAAUUUCAUCAUCAAACAUUGAUUCAUCAGGUCAUCGUGAAGUAUGA